AGAAAGCAAUUCCAAUUCUUUUGGGUUUGUAUUUCGAUUGUUUUUUUCCUCUAUAUUCUUCGUGGUGCCCAAUCAAUCAUCGUUUUCUCCUACCUUUCUCCCCUUUAAUUUCUCAGGGUUGUGGGGGGUUCGGCGCCUUAAUCUAUUUUAGUUGUGGUUGAAGAAGAUGUGGGCUGCUUCAUGCCUUGCAUCGUGUUGUGCGGCGUGCGCCUGCGAUGCGUGCCGCACUGUGGUUUCGGGGAUUAGCCGGAGGUCUGCAAGGAUCGCCUAUUGUGGACUAUUUGCCCUUUCUCUGAUUGUUUCAUGGAUUCUCCGUGAGGUUGCCGCUCCUCUCAUGGAGAACCUGCCUUGGAUCAAUCAUUUUCACAAAACACCCAACAGGGAAUGGUUUGAAACAGAUGCGGUGCUCAGGGUCAGCUUGGGAAAUUUUCUGUUUUUCACUAUCCUUUCAUUUUUAAUGAUUGGUGUGAAAAAUCAGAGAGAUCCUCGUGAUGGAUUACACCAUGGUGGAUGGAUGAUGAAAAUUAUCUGCUGGUUCAUUUUAGUUAUUUUGAUGUUUUUUGUUCCUAACGAGAUCAUCAGCUUUUAUGAGAUGAUAUCUAAGUUUGGCUCAGGACUGUUUCUUUUGGUUCAAGUUGUGCUUCUACUUGACUUCGUUCAUGGAUGGAAUGACAAAUGGGUUGGAUACAAUGAGCAGUUCUGGUACAUUGCUCUGUUUGUUGUUUCACUUGUUUGCUAUUUGGCGACAUUUGGCUUUUCGGGACUUCUUUUCCACUGGUUCACUCCAUCUGGAUACGAUUGUGGACUCAACACCUUCUUUAUCGUGAUGACCUUGAUUCUUGUUAUUUUGUUUGCCAUAGUUGCACUGCAUCCUGCAGUUGGCGGUAGCAUUUUGCCAGCAUCGGUUAUAUCACUGUACUGCAUGUAUCUAUGCUACAGUGGACUUGCAAGUGAACCAAGAGAUUAUGAAUGCAAUGGUCUUCACAAGCAUGCUAAAGCAAUUUCUACUGGCACUGUGACCGUUGGUCUGCUUACCACUAUCCUUUCUGUUGUAUAUUCUGCCGUUCGUGCUGGAUCUUCUACAACUCUGCUCUCCCCACCAAGUUCUCCUCGUGCAGGUGGUGGCAAGCCUUUACUUCCAUUGGACAAGGCGGAUGAGCAGGAAGAGGAAAUGGAGAAUAAGCAGGUGACAUACUCGUAUGCCUUCUUCCAUGUCAUCUUUUCUCUGGCGAGUAUGUACUCGGCAAUGCUUUUGACGGGAUGGUCGACCUCGGUUGGGGAGAGUGGUAAGUUAGUAGAUGUGGGGUGGCCAUCUGUGUGGGUCCGCAUUUUAACCGGGUGGGUAACUGCAGCUCUCUAUUUGUGGUCUCUCCUUGCUCCUAUUCUGUUCCCAGACAGGGAGUUCUAAGUCUCCAAAAGCAAAGUUGUUUAGGAUAUCAUUGGUCUGUAUAUAUAUGUGACCAGAGACGGAUUUGGAACGCAAAUCCUAGUCGACAAAACAAUAUUGAUCUUUCAUGAGCUUAUGAACAUCACAAACUUAAGCACCAA